AUGCCAACCUCAUUCAUGCGAAUCCCCUACCGAGAUCUCCUCCCACCACCAAACAUCAUCCCCUCAUCAGCAUCCACCCUCCCCGGCGCCAUCAUCGCCCUCCAAGAGUUCUUCCACAACCCACCCCCAUCAGGCCUACCCACCUCAACAGUCGUCCUCACCGGCGCCGGCCUCUCAGUAGCAAGCGGACUGGCCGAUUACCGAGGCGUCAAGGGCACCUAUCGCGUCAACAAGACUCACCGCCCCAUCUACCACCACGAGUUCAUCUCCAGCCAUGAGACCAGAAAGCGAUACUGGGCGAGAAGCUUCCUCGGCUGGACGACCAUGAGCAUGGCCAACCCCAACUCUGGCCACUACGCCAUCCGAGACCUCGGGAAACUCGGUGUCGUGAAAGGCGUCAUCACUCAAAACGUCGACUCGUUCCACCCUCGAGCCCACCCGGACAUACCCACAGUUGAACUCCACGGCUAUCUCCGGUCUGCCGUCUGCAUCACCUGCCGAAAUGAGUACCCGAGAGAUGUCUUUCAAACCGAGUUAGCCAGAUUGAAUCCGGUUUGGAAAGACUUUCUGAAAGAAGCCAUCUCCUCUGGAGCAUUAGAAACCGAGGACCCAAACGAGAAGCGGACGCGGGGCGUCAAGAUGAACGCCGAUGGUGAUGUUGAGGUCCCCGGCGCGCCAUACACCACCUUUCGGUAUCCAGCCUGUCCAACAUGCCUGACCCGCCCGCCACCAUUGGCAGAUGGCACCAAGGGUGUGGUCGAGGUAGAUCAGGACGGCGCAUUGGAGCCCAUCAGCAAUGCCGGUAUAUUGAAGCCGGCCGUGGUCAUGUUUGGCGACAGCAUCUCUCCCGAAGUCAAGCAUGACGCUGACAAGGCCAUCGAUAACGCCGGCAGGUUGCUCGUGAUGGGCACCUCUCUCGCGACAUACUCUGCCUGGCGGCUAGCCAAGCGCGCCAAAGACAGAGGGAUGCCCAUUGCAGUGAUAAACAUGGGCGGUGUGAGAGGGGAAGAGGCCUUUUUCACCGAUUUGGAUCCGAAUCAGACAGGGGGUCAGGGGGUGAGAACCGAGAUAUCCACCGAGAGCCUAUUGCCAGCCCUCGUUCAGGCAAUGCGCAAACCGGAAGCUCGGAGCCGCCGCCACCACCACCAUCAUGAUGCGCCUCAUGCGGUGGCCUUUGAGCGAACAAAUCCCGCAGAGGUUUUUAAGGAUUUCUUGUCAUAG